CUGCACAGUCCGCAUCCAGUCCUCCAGCGCUGGGCUCCGCUCCUGCCCUCCCUCGCGUCCGCGCCACACUGCCAUGGCCACCUCCUCUGCUCGUCCCACGGUCCUGGCCAUGGCGGGGAUGGCGCUGCUCCUGACGUUGUGCUUCGGUUCAGGUGAUACAAGUGGAAAUAAACUCAAGCAGAUGUUUCAGAAACGAGAAGCCCCUGCUCCAUCUAAGACCAAGGUGGCCGUGGAUGAGAACAAAGCGAAGGAAUUCUUGGGUGGCCUGAAGCGUGCCAAGCGGCAGCUGUGGGACCGCACGCGGCCAGAGGUGCAACAGUGGUACCAGCAGUUCCUGUACAUGGGAUUCGAUGAGGCGAAAUUCGAAGAUGAUGUCACUUAUUGGCUAAACAGAGAUCGAAAUGGACAUGACUACUAUGGUGACUACUACCAACGUCACUAUGAUGAAGACGCUGCCAUUGGCCCCCGGAGCCCCGAAAGCUUUAGGCAUGGAGCCAGUGUCAACUAUGAUGAUUAUUAACCUUCUCGCACUGCAAGCAAGAAAUGGAUAGUGCUUCCCUGCAGGUGCCUCCAAGCCCACACUACUAGGGUUUUGUUGUGUUUACUUACUAUAGCAGGCCUUUUCCACCCACCUAGUGUGAACAGGAAGAGUGUUAGCAAAGAAUAUAAGUGCCUUAUCAUAUUUCAUGCAAGUGCUUAAUGCAUAUCCUAUAAAAAUAUAAAUAAAAGCAUCUGGUUAAAAAGAGAA